AUGGUCAACUAUAUCACUUCCGUCGCUCUUCUGCUCUCUCUUGCCACCUCGACUCUUGCUGUUCCGCAAGGCCUCGAAGCGCGUGCUCCGAGCUGUAUGGAUGACCUCCCUGCAAACACACUGGCCAAUAUCAAUGAAGCAGUAGAGUGCAUCAACUACCUCGCCAGUCUGGGUAACCAGCCAUGCACGGCUGGCGUCGGCGCCCAAUCCUUCUGUAGGCGCGGAAACACCCAGAUUACUGGGAUUGCUGUUGGCCUUCCCAGCGACCGCACUGCGACCUCGCCUUGCCAGGCCGUCGCUCGGGGUGCUGGAUUGGUCAUGGAUAGGUGCUCCAGGGGCGAUGGCAAGGUCAGGGGUCAGAACCCUGCCUGGGGUAAUGGCAACCUAAUGGUUGAUAUCCGCACGGUUCCUCAGUAG